AUGGCGUCUGCAGCUCAUCUGCCGCUGCCUUCUUCUCCCUGUGCGCCUUCUUCCUCUCUUCUCCCGAGUGUAUGUACGCGCGAGCUCGACGAGAAAUGGCACGGCGCCUGCUCCUUCCUGUUGUUUUCUCGCGCUCCUUACAACCCAACGCCGACGGCAGAGCGCGCCUCUCUGCCUGUUUCUUCAGCGCGGCCUUCUGCGGCGGCUGCUUCUCCACAGCCGCCGCCGCGGCCCUCAGAGUCUCCGCGCUCCCCUGUCUCUCCUGUCGCUUCUCGCGAAAGACGUUGCAAAGAAGACAACACCUUCGGCGCCGUCCCGCCACCGUCCUCAGAUCGAGUCCUCUUGGCAGCGAGGAAAGCGGAGAUUCUGUGGAAGGCUCGCGAGGAAGAACUGACGGAGGAGCAGAGUGGGUCGCACUCUGACCCUGCGAAGGAAGUUUUCAACAGAUUCUUCUCCGAGGACGCAGAGGAACGGCUUGUCGCCGCAGCGAGCAUCAGCUCUCUCUGCGCCGCUCUCGGCGAUGGCCGGAAGGACUUUAUCGCGUUUCUCCUCUCCUUUGUGGAGACGGAGAAUGACUCUCUCGUGCUGGAGGUCGUAGCGCGCGAGCUCCACUGGCUGCUUUCGCACGCAUGUCCGAAGCCGUCAGAGGCUGUCGUCGCGGCUCGCGUGGACCCUGAGAGCUGCGAACUUUCGGUCCUCGUUUCGCUUCUGCAGACGCUCCUGUGGACUGCAGACGAGACCGUGAAAGAGACGGCGCUGGCGGCCUUCUACCGCCUGUUCAGUCUCGCCUCGCUCUCGGAGGCAGACGAGCCGGCUGCAGCCGGCAAGAAAAGCGCGACCGUCUUCAUCAACGUCUUCCUGCCGCGCCUCUGGCAACUCCUCGCGGACGGCAGCGCCAAGGCUCAGCAGGUUGCGGCGCAACUUCUCCCCAGUGCCCUCUUUCACCUCCAAGGGACUCUGGACGAUCUGUCGCGGAACCCAGCGGAAGGCAGCGACGCGCCGCCCGUGGAGAUCCGAGAGAAGCUCGAGCGAAGCCGAGAGCAACUCGUCGACGCGUUUGUCAAGUACGUCUGCGGAGGACCCGACCUGUCCUCGCUGACGCUUCAACUCGAGGCUGGCAAGCACCUGCCGCUCUUCGUCGCGUUCGUUGCAAAGGUCCUGCACUCCGCGCCGAGCCGCUUCGCGAGCGGAGAUGCGAACGCGAAAGACAAGCUGGAGCCCACAGACGCCAACGCACCGGAGGCGGCGACUCGCAUCCUCCACGCCCUCCGCGAAGCGCUGCAAGCCGUCCUCAGAGCAGCCAGUGAGGCGUUGAAGAUGCAGGGAAUCAGGGCACUGGCUGCAAUGGCUCAAACUGAUCCAGUUGUCUUUCGCACACUUGGCGACAACCUUCUGCCGAUGCUCUUUGCUGAUCCAAGCUGGCGCAUUCGAGCCGCCGUUUGCGAGGCGCUCGACCGCCUGGGCCUCUUCCUCGUUUCGUCGGUGCCUUCGAAAUCCUCUGACCAUGGGCAAGACAAAGACUCCUCGGAAGAAGAACAGGACUCCCUCCUGCCCGAGGCGGCUCUCGGUCCUGGAACGUGUAUCGUAUCCGUCCUUAUCCAGUUCCUCAAAGAUAGAGAUCUAAAUGUGAAGGCUGCGGCUCUGCGAACGACGCGGAAGCUUGUCAAAAUGACUGGCAAUUGCUCUGGAGUUCUUCAGUCUUUUUUGGAAGAAGGGGAGAGCAUUUUCAGUGCCGUGGGGAUCUCGCAGAACGCUCCCAUUCUAGUCGAGUGUAUGGCCACCGUCUGCACGAUGGCUGAGGCGGCGAAGACGGAAGAAGGCAAAUGGCAACUCACAGUCUUCGCUUUUUCGCUCCUCAGGGUGGACGACUGGCAUGUCGCCUUGUGCUUUUUGAAGAACCUGCACAUCUUCGUCGCCUCGCCUCCGCCUUCGUUCCUCUCGGUGCUACUCACUCGCUUGGACAUGCUGGUGAAUCUGCCUUCCUCGCGGUGGAGAGUCCGCGCUUGCGUCCUUCAGCAGCUUCCUCUUCUUCUUCUUCUGCCGGAAGUCGACGAAGAGACAUCGACGCAGCUCUGGCUGCUCCUCCUCCAGCUCUUGCAAGACGACGUUUGGGCUGUUCGUCAGGAAGGCCCUGCCGCCAUCGAACAACUCGUGAUGAAUGUCCGUCCGGAGAAGGACCAUCUCCUGGAGGCGGCGCGAGCGCGAGGCCGAGAAGACGACGCGAUCUCGGGAGAUCGGGCGCGCGAAGAGAGUCUGCAUGCAACGCGACUCGCGAGAGAAGCUCUGUUGGAGAAGCUUGUUCCGGUCCUCGAACAGCUGAGAGACGACAGUCGCUCCUUCGUUCGAGGCGAGGUUUCUCGCUAUGUUUUGGGUCUCCAACGUCUCUACUCGAAGGAGGUGUGGCAUCUCGUCUUUGCUCCGCUGCUCGAACGCAUCGCCGACGAUCGAAUUCCUCAAACUCGAUACGCAGCGGCGAAGGCAAUUCAAAUUCUCCUGGCUUAUGAAGCAGCCGGGCAUGCCCCAAGUGUCGUGCCUUCGGAGUGGCUGCAGAAAAUGAAGAAGAAGCUGGCCGACGACCCCGAUCCAGACGUGGUAGAAGCUGUUCUUGAGGAGUGAAGAUGGCGAAGAAGCAGAAGUCGACACUGUCGAGAAAAGGAGUUCGCGAGAGCGGUGCCCAGCGUACCGACACCCGAAACUUUGAUUUGUUGGAAGAGAUGCGACAGAGAGAUCUGGCAGAAGAAACGCGGUGGAGAGUGCAUCCUCAACGUCUCUCUGCUUGCGGACAGUUGCAUGCAUCUGCGAACGAAAAGCAGAGAAAAGCGUGACAUGCAAAGAAGAACCAAGGAGAGAAGAGAGCAGAGAAGAAAAAAACGGCGAAGAAGAAUCGAGCGAAGAAAGCAGAGCGGAGGGAGAAGAGCAGGAAAGAAAAUGGGGGGGCGCCGAAGAGGACACAGCCGUAAAAUCAGGCAGGUGAAGGAGCAGAAGAAAAAGGACUGUAAAUCGAUCAGAGAGAGGGGAAGAGAGCAAGAAGAGCGAGAAACUCGAGACUCGUACCUUUUUCGGGUGUAGCUUCAGUUUCGACUUCUCAUUGUGGGCUCCGGUGUGUCUUGUUGAACACAGAACUUUCCACCUUUCAAAGUUGAAUUUCUGUAGGCAGC